AUGGCGUCCCUACUAAGAGAGUGCAGUGCGAAAUCGUCUGUGGCACUAUGCCGCGCCUACACAACCCCUGGUGUCCAAUCCCGGUUGUUCUCCUCGACCGCUCGCAUGAUGGUCGGUCCUGAAGCUCCAGGCUAUAUCGAUGUACCACAGUCAAUUCAGCCAGACCUGCCCCGUCGACCACAAGUCAAGGGCACUCUACCUGUCCCUCGAGAGCUGUUUCCAUCCCGACGACCUGAUAAACCCACCGAAUCAUACAUUGCAGACGCUACACCACUGCCGUCAAGCACGGAUCCGAAGGUCGCACCAGACCAUCCCCAAUAUGAACAGCUCGAGUGGAAGCGGAAAAUGGCAGGUGUCAGGAGGAAUCAUCUACGUGAAGGACUUCUAGAGCUUCACGAACGCAAGAAGAUUGCCCACCAGAGAAUGGUUGCGAGAAGCAAUGCCAAAGAGAAACGUCGAACUCAGAUCCUCAACCAGCCGAAGCGAGAUGACGACCGACUUACUGCCUCGACAACAGUUUCGGCGAUGAAGCCUGUGAAAUAUAAAGUACUUCCAAACCCAGGUGCAGAGGAACGACUGGCGCAAUCAAUGGAAAAAGUGAAGGAGAUCCAGGAAGCACGGCGUGAGGAUGUGGUGAACUCGAUCCACGAGCUUUAUUUGAAUGCACAGCAGUUCAUUGUCAACGAAGAGCAACUUAACGCUGAGAUUGAUCGUGUAUUCCCCAUCGAUAGCAACCCCGACUGGGCUAACGGACGCCGUACCGGAGAGAACAUCUGGAACUUGGGACCUCCCCCUACGAUGGCUGUUCUGGGUAACCAGACGAAGGAUGAAUUGACCAAAUGGGAGACCGUACAACGACGAACCAAGAAACUUGCUGAGGAGCUGACAGGAAGCAAGAUAUAG